UUUUCCUUCCUCUUUUGUGUUGCGGAGGAUAUUUUGUGUGUAUAUGUUGUGUGGUUGUCAUUAUUUUGCGCGUUGAACGGCUGCUCAAUCAACUCUUGAGUGUUUUCUGUUAUUAUUACUCUGAUCGUCCUCGGCGUCGAGUUUAUGCUGAUUGUAUGCGGGGAGCGUAUACACACUGUUUAUAGCCAGUGUUGAUUUUUACAGUCAGAAGAACAAUAAAUAUAAGAAAGGAGGAGGAAAAUCGGUCAGGAGUUCUGUCCAUUGAGGUCAAACAGAAGGGAGCUGAUCUCGAGGGGAUUCGAAACUGGAAUUGGAACUUUCACAGAUCAGAUCAAUGGAGGGCUUACAUGCUGUUGAUCUCAAAGAGUCUGGAAUUGCAGUUUAUGUUGUUUUUGUUUACUUGUUCUUUUUGGCUUACACAAAAAUUAGGUUUUAGAUCUAGGUUCGUGGGUAUUAAGAUCGAUUUUGGGGCACAAAUUCCGACAUUGAAUAGCGUUUCGGACACCCAUUUCGUACGUCCCCACUAUGCAAGGACACCCAUUUUGCAAGCUCUCACUUUGUAAAGAUAUGUAUUUAGCAUGACAUCAGUUUGAUGAAUUUGUAGAAGUUUUAUUUAUAUCUUACUCUUCUGUAGGUUUUUUUCAAUAGUCGGGAUUGGGAUUCUAAGUCACAACUGCUGUUCACUCUUUUUCAUUGAUGAGGUCUAUAUGUGCUGGGUUUUCUAUGUGUGUGGUCUGUGUCACUGGUUUUAGUUACGAUUUUUUACUUUCUAUGUGGUCAAUUGCCUUCUUUCACUUUUCUUCUUGGAAUUUAAAGUGAGAAGUUAUACAUGAUUCUGUGGCUCUGGUUUUUGCUAUACCGCUGUUUAUUGGUGUUUGCAUGUAUCCUUACGAACUCACGGCCACUGUCUAGUUGUUUUUAGACGUUUCUGUGUACUGGACUUACUGUCCAGUUAACGCAUACAAAUCUUGGGUCUUUUGGUUGUGGGAUUUAAUGACUAACUGAUGUAGGCGCUCUUUUGGUGAUGGGGAUUUAAUGAUUGGAGUUCUGUUUAUUCAUUUCCUCUAUAUGUUUGUUGUUCUUCGGGUUGUGCUGUCUUUAGUGCUAAUCAUAUUCUGACCGACCUCCUCCUUUGCUGAACAAGCCUUUACAUGUUUAUCAGUGCUUUUGCAUGUCGGUCCUUAUGCAUGGGACUCUUCCUUUAUUUUUAAGAACUAGAUAAAACUAGACAUGUUUAAUAGUGCUUUUUAACAUCUAAUUGCAUCUGCACAGAUAAGGAUGUAGUAGUACUGUUAUAUUAAUGAUAAGAGUGUUGGACCUCAUGCCUGAUGUUUUAUCAAUGAUAAUUAUCUGAAGACGAUUUUUGUUAAAGCCUUGUAUACUCAUCUUGAUUAAAUAUCACUUCGGUAUGAAAUUGAGAUGUUGCAUAGAAGCCAGAACUGCUGCACAUGUGUUACUUUGGAGACUAUCUUUUUAUUCUUGGUUAGUUUGUGUGCUGCAAACAUUCAGCUCCUUCUCCCUGAUUCCCACCCUUCGACAACCACUUCAAUCCUCCCUUUUGUAGAAGAUAUCAGUUUAUUGUUAAAAUUCCAAAGCUCUCAUUUUUUGGAUUGAUGAUCAUUGUUCAGGUCUAGGUUUCUUUUGACUCCUAAAAGUUGAGAAGUAGGGAUCUGCCUUGAGUAGUUAUAUUUUGGUUUUUUAGAAUUUAUACUUACACUUCCUUCUUUGUGAGAUCUAUUAUUUUUUUGAAUAUGUGCAAAAACUGGUUUUCCGUAGAUUAUGGAUUCUGCAUUUUUAAAAAUUUUUUUAUAGUAAAUUUGAACUCUUUGCUUCCUGAGAUCUUCUAUUCCUUUUUGAUUGUGAAAAUUUGAUCUUUUGAGGAUUACUAACUUCUACCUAUUUUUAUUUAUUUUUGAUUAAGUUCAACUGGUUUCUGUGUACUGCAGUGAUGAAGAUGCCACUUUUCUCAAAGAAUUUAAUUUUUUUUGUAGGAACCUUGGAUUACUAGACUCUAAUAGAGCUUAAAUUAAACUAAACUUCAUGUGGGGAUCAAAUUUCAUUUUUGCAAUAUGUAAAUUUCUGCUUAUUGUAGUUUGAACUCCUUGCUUCUUGAGAUCGUUGCCUCUUUUUUGUAUGUGAAACUCUGAUUUUUUGAAGAUUAUGAACUCUAUGAAUUGUUUUUUGAUUUUAUAAUAAGUUUGAACCGCUUUCUGUUAACUGCAAUAAUGAAGAUAAAUUUUUUCUCAAAAGAGUUUUAUUUUGUGAGGAAGGUUGGAUUACUUCUGUUUAAUAGAGUUUAAAUUAAACUAACCAUAAUAUGGAGAUGAAUUUCCUUUUUGCAAUAUAUGACUUCUGGCUUUUUUAGUAUUUUGAACUUCUUAAAUCCUGAGAUCAUCUGUACUUUUUUUGUAUGUGAUUCUGAUCUUGCACAGAUAAUGGGUUCCACAUAUUGUCUUUUGUUUUUGUAUUAAGUGUGAACUGGUUUCUGUCUGCUUGAAUAAUUACUUUUCUCAGAGUUCAAUUUUCUUAAGAAUCCUUGAAUUACUACCCUUGAAUGUAGUUUAAAUUAAACUCAUUUUGAUUUGGAGAUCAAAUUUCUUUCAUGCAAUAUAUGAAUUCCUGCUUAUUUGUUGCACUAAACAAUAGUCCAAAAGGAAACUUGUUACAAGAACCAAAUGGACAAGUUAUAUUACAUGGUGUCCUUUAAAGUACACUAAUCAAUUUGAUCUAUCAUUCAACUUUAAUCAUCUAGACAGUUCUGUAAGGAGAUGUAUUGUUUUGGCAGUUGUGCAAUAUAUCCACUCUAUUGACAAAAGCUUAAGGAACUUGAUCCCCUUUAUAAAUGAAGACUUGUAUUAGCUGUAUUGGCAAAAUCUCAGGGACUUUGAUAGUUGGCUGGUGUUUUCUUCUUUUGGAAUUUGCUAUAUUAUAAUAAUUAGGAAAAAUUUCUGUGUUCUUGAAGUAUCUAAUCUAUUUUCAAGUUCAUUUCUAUUUGGCAGGUUUUGGAAAGGCUUGAGGAUGCAUGCUUCGUGUAGAUCAUGUUUGUUUGCACGAGGAGAUUAUCUAUGAAAUGUUCUGAGCGCUUAUGACAGAUUAAGAUUAUUUGGUAUUUAUCAGUCUUUACAACAAUGGAUAGGUGUGACACAUCUGGUUUUGUUAGUGGUGGAGGGAAAGCAUUGCCUGCUCAUUAGUUGUUUCCACAGUUAUUUUUUUGCAUUGGCAUAUUUUUUAUACAUCACAAUAAUAAAGAAGCCCAUAUCUAAAUAAGGUGAAUGGACAAAUUUCCAUUUUUGGGCUUCAUGGGGAAACCCCCUAUAUCAAAUACAUCAAAACCAUUUAAUGGAGUUGAGCAUGCUACUGUUCCUGCACUGGGACUGGAAGCUCAGGGUUGUGAUCGCCAGUUGAUCUCCAUGAAUGGAUCUGGCGAUUUCAUUAGCUUUCCUUCAUCACCGAAGGGGACAAAGAGAAAGUAUUCUUCCAGUGAUUUGAGUGGAAGUUCAUCUGCAAUGUUUAGUUUGGCAUUGGGAUUGGGUCCUUCUACAAGCUCCUCUGAUAGUAAGGCGAACUCUGGUACCUCUUCUAAUAGUACGUCCUGUAAAGAGAAUACAGAGGAAGAAUCAUCUGUGGAUUUAGAGUUGGGAAUCCAACUUCAUCUUGGAAAUGCCAAGAAUAACUCCCCGAAAAAGAAUUCUUCAGAGGUGGCUCCUAAAAUGAGGGAUAUGGAUUCUGGCAGUCUUCUUCAACUAAGCCUUUCAAGAGGCCCUACAGAAUCUGGGAAAUCUUGUGUUCUAACAGAGUUUGAUUGUGCUCUAGGAUUAGGGCAAGCACAGAAUGAAAUAGAAACUGUUAUAAACAUGAAUAAUAUUCCUGUUGUAGAUGAGGGUUCUACUUCAGCAAGGUGGAAGUCUGGGGGAUACAUCCCAUCUUUGCUAAUGGCAAAGACAGCAGGAUCAAGGUUUCCCUCUUCUAUGCCAUCUAUUCAGAGGGAAUCUGACCCCUCGGUAAGCAUAAAAGGAGGCAACCUUGCAAAAUCAUCUUUAAGUAAUGUAUCUGGAAUCACCGAAAAGAAGCAACGCACCACUAGUUCAAAAACAUGUCAAUUCAAAGGAUGUGGCAAGGGAGCUAGAGGUGCAUCGGGCUUGUGUAUUGCCCAUGGUGGAGGGCGUAGGUGCCAGAAAGCUGGAUGCAACAAAGGGGCUGAAGGGAGGACAGUGUAUUGCAAAGCCCAUGGGGGAGGUCGCAGGUGUCAACAUCUUGGCUGUACAAAAAGUGCAGAAGGAAGAACAGAUUAUUGUAUUGGCCAUGGAGGUGGCAGAAGGUGCAGUAAUGAAGGUUGUGAUAGAGCUGCUAGAGGGAAGUCUGGGUUGUGUAUAAAGCAUGGUGGUGGUAAGAGAUGCACGAAGGAAGGGUGCACAAAAAGUGCAGAAGGAUAUUCUGGCCUUUGCAUUUCUCAUGGAGGAGGAAGAAGAUGCCAAUAUACCAGUUGCACAAAAGGUGCCCAGGGAAGCACUAUGUUUUGUAAAGCACAUGGGGGUGGCAAAAGAUGUAUUGUCACAGGGUGCAAUAAAGGUGCAGAAGGAAGCACCCCUUUGUGCAAGGGUCAUGGUGGUGGUAAAAGAUGUCUGUUUGAGGGAGGUGGAAUUUGCCCUAAAAGUGUUCAUGGUGGUACAAAAUUUUGUGUAGCUCAUGGAGGUGGUAAGAGAUGUGCUGUUCAGGGGUGCACAAAGAGUGCCAGGGGAAGGACAGAUUUUUGUGUUAGACAUGGUGGAGGCAAGCGGUGCAAGUUUGAAGGCUGUGGAAAAAGUGCACAAGGUAGUACUGAUUUUUGUAAGGCACAUGGAGGAGGCAAGAGAUGCCUUUGGGGUGCAGAGGGUUCACCUUAUGCGAAAGAAAUUGUUCAGGGAAAGAGUGGGGAGAUUGUACAAGGCCCAUGUGACAGGUUUGCACGAGGAAAAACUGGUCUCUGUGCAGCACAUAGUGCUCUUGUCCAGGAUGGGAGGGUACAUGGUGCAGGUACUCUUGCCCCAGGUAUUGGUCCAGGUCUAUUUCGUGGACUGGCUUCUGCAUCCACAUUGAAGGGGUUCAAUGCCUCCUGUCCCAACCCACCUGCCAACCUUAGCUUACCACAGUUUGGGAGAAAUGUUCGAUCUGAAUUCUUUGUGAACAGUGCAUCAGAAUCUCCAAAUAGCAUAGGUGCCUCUUCUGCUGCUACAUUUAAUCUUGAGCAGAAUCGAAACAAUGCUGUUAAUGAUGUUGACAUGGUUGAGUUCAGAGAGAAGAAUAUGGAUGGCUUAGAGGACAAACUUCCAUUGUCCUCUAUAGGGUCAGAUGAAAGGCACACAAAUACAUUAGGUGUUGAGGACAAAGGGUAUCCGGCUUUCUGGGCAUUUUCUCAGCCAUUUUUACCUACUGUUGACGGCAAUGGAAAUGUUAGUUUGGGGGGCAGUGUGAUAGGGAGACGUGUGGGUGGUCAUUAUGUUGGACCGUCUGCACCUGUAGUUGGUUUGCAUGCUGAACUGGGCAGUGGUAGUUCUUUGCCAAGGUUGGGCCGUGGAGUUCACCAACCACUUCUUCCACCUCAAGUGCUAGUACCUUUAUCAAUGAAAAAUACCCUGCAGAUGGAAAAACAAAGCAGUUCUUCUGGUAUAAGUGAAAACAACUCUUUGUCACUUCCUGAAGGGAGAGUGCAUGGAGGUGGUCUCAUGGCUAUGCUAUCAAGGGGAUCUGGAAUUGGAGAUGCUGGACGAUCAGUUCAAGGUGAGCAAAACAGAAUGUUUGAACAUGCUUCCUGGUGUUAGAUGUGAGUUGGAUGCUGCCCUUGUCCACUGAAACUAUCAAGUCAUUUUGAAGUUUUAAACAUGUUGCUGGCCAAGUCCAAAUGCCAAACUGCAUAAACCUAGUAAUGUGCAAUAUGUUCAGGGUGUGGACCUCAAGUUAACUUUUCCAUUAUUUGUAAAAUGUCCAUCUGUGAUGUGCACAACCCCCAUGUAAUUGUAAUUCAUCAAGUAUUUGUCUCUGUCUUGAAGUUGCAGAAAUUUGUCCCUGUAAAUAAUCAUUGGCCCUGUUAAUACAUGGUAGUUCUAGA